CGAAGGAAACGCAGCAUAGAGCAGAGGAAGAAAACACGACUGAACGCCUCCUAUACAACUAUUUUUUACAUUUAUUUAACUUGAAAGAAGCCGUCAAAGCGUAAAGUUAAUGCGUGUUUAUCGGACAAACGGGUACAACCUUAAGACGCUCACGACAUGUCAGAUGACGCUACGGCUGCAGGUGAAACGGGUGAGGAGGUCGCGCGUGGAGAUGAUGGGCAGAAGCCUUUGUGUGAAUCCGCUCAGCUGACCCCUUCCUCCAGGUUUCUGCGGGCUGAACUGGAGUUGAACGCACACCUUCGCCAGCUCACCUUCAGCGAGCCCGUCCGGUACAUCUACAACCCGCUGGAGUACGCCUGGGACACACACCGCUGCUACGUGGAGAGGUACUGUCAGGCUGGACAAAAGAUUCUGUUUCUGGGGAUGAACCCAGGACCCUUCGGCAUGGCACAGACAGGGGUCCCCUUUGGUGAAGUCAGGUCUGUUGUUGAUUGGCUUAAGAUCACCGGGGAGGUGGGUCAUCCUCCUGACGAGCAUCCAAAGCGACAGAUCACAGGACUCGCCUGCACUCAGAGGGAAGUGAGCGGCGCUCGUUUCUGGGGCUUCUUCAGGAAACUUUGUGGUGAACCAGCUCGGUUCUUCCAGCACUGCUUUGUGCACAAUCUAUGCCCACUCAUCUUUAUGAGUGCCAGUGGGAAGAAUUUAACCCCACCUGAGCUGCUUGUGGGCGAACGGGAGAAGCUCCUCGUCCUGUGUGACAUUGCACUGUGCCAGGUUGUGAAGGCGCUGGGCGUUUCCAUGGUGAUCGGGAUUGGGAGGGUGGCAGAGCAGCGGGCACGGCGAGCUCUGACUGCUGCAGGUGUCAGUGUGCGAGUGGAGGGCAUCAUGCAUCCAUCACCCAGAAACCCAAAGGCUAACAAGGGCUGGGAGGAAGAAGCCAAAGCUAAACUGACAGAACUUGGAGUCAUGUCACUGCUGGCCAACAAGUUAUCUGACAGUCUUCUUAUCCCCAGCAGCAAGGAGUGAGCUCGACCAAGAUGUGAGGAGCCAGAGUAAGAAGCUUGCUAUUGUGGCAUUCUUUUACAGUAUGAUUUGCUGCUUUAAAGUGCAGACUCACAUUUAAACUCACAAAAGUGUUUGUGUGUUUUAGUAAAUGCUUUCACCUUCAGUAACAACAGCAGAAAAAAAAUAGGGCCCGACGGAUAGAGGAUUUCUGGGGCUGAUAUCGAAAUUGGGGAUAGAAAAAAAUCGGAUACCAAUAUUUUGGUCGAUAUCUUUGAUAGAGCUGUGUUCGAUCUGUCGAGAUAUAGAUAUACACACUUAUUGCUUUGAUCCCUCAAAUGCAGUUAUCAAACACUUGUGUAAAAAAAGAUAUACAGUAUAAGGAAGACAAGAAGGUAAUUUAACUGGAGACGUACAUGCUGUGCGUGUACAUGCAUCAGCGCUUGAUUGACGCUCUGAAGAGUGAUGCUUGUUGUAAUCCAUAUCACACACUCUGCUGGUGAAAGAGAACUGCUAGUUUAACACUAUUGAACUCAAAUGAAAUGCUUUUUGACUGGUUAGUAAUUCUAGGAAUAUCGGCACAUAUCUGCAAUAAAAUUAGCCAUGCCCGUUAGUCACUGGAUAUGCUAUUACCAGCUGAUAUUAUUGGCUGCCUAAUAAAUGGGUGGGGCUCUACUUGCUAUACACUAAUCUUCUGAUUCAUGUCUGCCUUUUCAUAUUGGGUUAAAACUGCUUUCCGUGUGUACUUGAAUGCUGAGAACCUAUGCUCAGGGUGUUUGUAAGUGUUAGUGUUAUAUUUUUUUUAUACGUUCAUUGAACUUCUUGAAACUGUUGUUUUCAGGGAAAGGCCAGAUAUUUGCGUAUGAGUGAAUGCCUCUCCUAGUAUGUUUGAACUAAUUAUGAUGCAUACAAGGACACACACACAUACCUCUAAAUAUUACUGCAAAAAUGUGAUUGAGAGUAUGUUACUGUUAUGCACGUAUUGGACAUUUUUAUCUAAAUGCAAACUGUAUUAAUUCUUUACUAAAUCUUUACUGGAUCAAUUAUAAGAAAAACUAUUCAUGAAGAGUACACUUUAGGACCUGCUGUAGCUUUUUCUGAUGGAAACAUUGCAGUAUUCAGAAUUACUCUUAUACAAAUAUUUUGUAGAAAAAAGUGUUUUUCAUGAUGGAAGCUCUACAAUAAUAUUACUUAUUACUUUUUAUAACUUACUUUU